UGGCCUGACAGACACUCCCGACUCGGCUCGGCUCGGCUCGGCUCGGACUCCAGCAUGUGGCGACAGGAGGCGUGAGGAGACACCGACUGCUCAGAGCUCCGCCGCCGCCGCCGCCCGCCCCGACCCGGCAUUGGCGCGGCACUUUGACCGGACACUUUGGGGAGUUUGGUGAUUUUCUCCUGCAAGAAGCUGCGGAGCGAAAAGGGCCGAGACGCCGCCCGGACGCAGGUGAGAGGCGGCGUCACCCGCUUCCAGGUGCAGACAUCACGCUCUUCUUUCGGCUUUACGCACACGCGCGCUCCGGGGGAGUUAUGGCUCCGCGGACCAAGUUGGGCUUCUGAGCUGCCCUGAUUCCGAGGAGCUGGACUCGACGGACGCCGAUUUGUUCGCAUCGUCACUUUUUUGCUCCUCCGCUCAUCGCCAGGUGCAUAAAAUGUUCCAACACAGUAAUAACAAGAAGUGCUUCACCAUCGAGGCUCUGGUCGGGAAGGAGACGAGCGGCGGCGGCUCCGGGGACGAGCCCAUUCGGCCCACGGCCCUCAGGUUCCCGGAGCCCCUGCACCCGGCAGCCGCCGCCGGCGUCUUCGGCACCUGCUUCCAGGGCAGCGGGGGCAGGACUCUGUACUCCGCGGGGCCGGACGCGGUCCUCCAGGAGCCCGGGAGCCACGCGCAGAGCCCCGGCGGGCUGCCGCUGCACCCGCUGCAGAUCCCCCCGCAGAGCUUCUUCAGCGCGCAGCACCGGGACGCGCUCGGCUUCUACCCGUGGGUUCUGCGGAGCCGGUACCUGGGACACCGCUUCCAAGGAGACGACAGCAGCCCAGAGAACCUGCUGCUCCACGGCCCCUUCUCCAGGAAACCCAAACGGAUCCGCACGGCCUUCUCCCCGUCACAGCUGCUCCGUCUGGAGCGGGCCUUCGAGAAGAAUCACUACGUGGUCGGAGCCGAGAGGAAGCAGCUGGCGAGCGGCUUGUGUCUGACGGAGACGCAGGUCAAGGUUUGGUUCCAGAACCGUCGGACGAAGCACAAGCGCCAGAAGCUGGAGGAGGAGUCUCCGGAGGCGCAGCAGAAGAGGAAAGGCAGCCAGCACGUGAGCCGCUGGCGAGCGGCGACGCAGCAGGGCGGCGAGGACGUGGACGUCAUCAGCGAGGACUAGGCGCCGCCGCCUGGGCUCUGCUGGACCCGACCAGAACCUAGGCUAAAGAGCAAAGCAACGGCAGCACGGAUCAGUGAACACAACCUCUACACUUUGGUUACAGUUCAGAUUCUUCAAGCUUCAGCAAAAGGUCCCAAAUUAAAUUAGUAGAUAAAUGUAAAACUGACCUGAGAACAGAUCCAAAUCCAGCUCUGCAGGAUUUAGAUGCAUGGACACACUACUCACCCUGUGGCCCGACCAGUCUCUGCAGCUGUAUGCAAGCAGGAAGUCAAAGACGAGCUCCCUGCUACAGACACGUGACGACAACUGGCUGCGAAAAGAAGCAGGAGUGCGCUGUUUCCGGCCGGACUGAGCAGAACCAGGCUUCUGGGUCGAGCAGCGCCGACACGACUGAAGGUUCCUGAGCGCCCGUGUGCGAGGUUCCACAGGAACCAGUGUUACAGAAGUGAUGAGAAGGUUCGAGGACUCGAUCAUUUUGCUAUUUUGAGUUUUUUUGUGUGGCUUUGAUAUUUCUUUGCACCUCGUUGGUUGUUUUGUCAGUUUUUCUGUUUACUCUUCACUUGAGUUUAAAUCCUCACACUUUCUGAUCGUUUCUGUUGGGGACCGUAGACAAUCUUUCAUUCGUAAUGUUGCCGCCGCUGGUUUUAUGGGACGUCCCUGACUACGUGGAGACCAAGGGAAAGGCCCAUGUGAUUAAUGGUUCUUUGGGUUGCUGCAGUUGCUGCAGUUGCUGCCUUGCUCAGUGGCGCUGCGACACUCGGCGAAUCCUAGAAAAGUCUCAACUGGUUUGACUUUGUUAUUUUGCUGGUAGUUUUGUCUUAUUGGAAACAAACAAAAAUGUAGGUAUUUAUGUAAAAUGGAUUCGAAAAGUAUUCUAUGCAUUUGACAUGUACAUAACGACCACGAUGAUGAGGAUGAUGAUGAUGAUGAUGACGCAUGGCCUGUUUUGUUCGUUUCUGUCUCGCAUCAGUUCAUCCGCUUGUUUCUUCUUCCUGGACACAUUUACCUCAUCUCUUAUGUAGCACUUCUAUUUCUUCUUAGGUCAGAUCUAUUUUUUCAUUGUGUUAGGACUGAAUGCACUAACUGUACAACUGAGACAAAACAGAAACGAAGACGCAGCCUUUGUACUUCCUGUGUUAAGAUUUGGAAAAAUAUAAAUAAAAUAAAAUAAAAUAUCAAAAGC